CUGUAUAGAUGGAAUCUGUGUCCAGUAAAGCAGGAUUACAGCAAUUGUCAGUACCAAAUAAUCGAAGUGUACAGAUGGAAUCCCAGUCUAGUAAACCAGGGUCACAGCAAUUGGGAUUGUCAAAAAAGCGAACUGCACAAAUGGAACCAUCUACGAAGAGCCAAACAGAGUCCUUUGAAUCGGUCAGGUCUAAGCUGAGAGAAUCAUUAGCUGCUUCAUUGGCAAUGGUUUCUCAGCAACAAAGCAAGGUAGCAACUGUGGGGAAAAAUUCUGAGAGUGAGACUGCAAGUGCUCCAAAGCAGCUUCAUGAGAUCCCUCAACUGGCUGAAGUUGCUCCUGCAAAUGUAGAUGUUGCUUCAUCUUGUUCACCUGAAGGGCAUCCGGAGACCUUGUCCUCCAAGGAUCAUCAGUCUGUUCAAAAGCAUACCGAUAACCAAAGUUGUUCUCAUGAGUCUUUCUAUGGUGAUAAUAUAGAAGAUGCUUCUAAGACCUGGAACUUUGAUGGGCAAGAAUUCCAAUUGAAGCAUAUUGUUCCAGAAGAAGAUAUUUCAUUCAGUAACAGCUUCCUAAUUAAAGAUGAGCUUUUGCAGGGAAAUGGACUUUGCUGGGCAACAGAUCUUACUGCAGAGCCUUCUGAAACAAUGGAAGGUCAUUCAGCCAAAAGACCCAAAUUGGUAGAUGAAGAAGUAUGCGUACAUAGCAGUGAGUUGAAGCCGCUUUCUCCAGAAACUUUGGCAUUUAAAAUUGAAGCUGAACUCUUCAAAUUAUAUGGAGGUGUCAAUAAGAAGUACAAGGAGAAGGGAAGGUCUCUUUUAUUCAAUUUGAAAGAUCGUAGUAACCCAGAACUAAGAGAAAGAGUUAUAUCUGGAGAAAUUUCCCCUGAACGUCUCUGUUCUAUGACUGCUGAGGAACUUGCUUCAGAGGAGCUCUCUCAGUGGAGAUUGGCCAAAGCAGAGGAGCUUGCACACAUGGUAGUUUUGCCAGAUUCAGAAGUUGAUAUCAGACGUUUGGUUAAAAAAACACACAAAGGCGAGUUUCAAGUAGAAGUUGAACAUGAUGAUAGUGUUUCAGUGGAGGUUUCUGUAGGAGCAAGUUCACUUACUCAAACUAAAUCCAAAACUGAUGAGGAAGUUGCUCAACUUCAAUCUAAAGCUGUCAAAACUGAAACAUCUGAAGCAGCUGGUGUACAUGACAAGAAUAUCUCUGAAGACCAUAAUCUCCAAAGUGGCCUAACUACCCUUUCACAUGAUGGGACUGAUCCAAUGCAAGGGCUUAUGAUGGAAGAGUUGAAAGAUGCAGAAUUUCUUCCUCCAAUAGUCUCUUUAGACGAGUUCAUGGAGUCUCUUGACUCAGAGCCACCCUUUGAAAACUUACCCGUGGAUGCUGCACAGGCUACACCUACCUCAGAUGAGAAGAUUGCCUCUGAUGUUGACUCCAAGCUGGAUUCCUCAAAUAUUGGUUCAGUAGAUCCCGUAGAUACUUCCCUGAAUAAACUUGAUAAAAAUGAGGUCAAGUACACAAGGACCAACAGUAAUAUAAAGUCAAAUGAUGCUAAAAAAGAGGCCAAAUACACAAGGACUGGUAGUAGCAUAAAAUCUACUAACAUUCUUGCGAUCUCAAAAACUUAUCCUGGUGGUGAUACAUUAAAGGUUGAAUAUGUAUGGGAAGGUGUACUUCAGUUGAAUUCAGCCACAGUGACAGUCAGUGGCAUUUUUAGGAGUGGUGAAAAAACGUCUACAAAGGAGUGGCCUAGUCUUCUUGAGAUUAAAGGAAGAGUUAGACUUGAUGCAUUUGAGAAGUUCCUCCAAGAGCUUCGUAUGUCCCGAAGUCGUGCAAUCAUGGUUGUUCAAUUUUGCUGGAAGGAGGGGUCCCCAGAUAGUGGGUGCAUGAGCCUUAGCGAGGUGGCGGAUUCGUAUGUUGUGGAUGAGAGAGUAGGGUUUGCUGAGCCUGUUCCUGGUGUAGAACUCUAUUUCUGCCCACCUCACUUGAGUAUCGUCGAAAUGCUUGGAAAGCACCUAUCGAAGGACCAUACGGAAACACUUAAUUCUGCAGAUAAUGGCCUCAUUGGCGUUGUUGUAUGGAGAAAGGCUUUUGAAACUUCCACAAUUUCACCCAACUCUUCCUCGCACCAUAAACACAACUUGAAAAAGCAACAAUCUUUAAGGAGGCACCAAGUGAAGGAUACUAAUGUCAAUGUAACGUCUAAACCACCAGCACCUCUGGGUGCUCCUCCCACCAAUCCCAACCCACCACCCGAUGAAGAACCCAUUGACGAUGUUCCACCUGGAUUUGGGCCAGCAGCUGCCAAGGAUGAGGAUGACUUACCAGAAUUUGACUUUGUUAACCCCCCAAAUCCUCCAGUGUUGCAGUUUCCUGGCUCAAAUCCCUCUCAAGGGCUGGGUAUGAGUAUGACUCCUUCGCAUACACCUGCUCGACUACAAUCAUUUCAUCCGGUCGAGCAAAUGAGAGAUCUAGUAUCCAAGUAUGGGCAAGGCUUAAAGAUUCCAAGUGCAGUGAAUUGGCAGCAAAGUAGAGGAAUUGGGGUUGAGGUUCAUCCCUGGAAUGAUGAUGAUGACAUCCCAGAGUGGCAGCCGCAACCCCCCACACACCACCUACCUCCCCCUCCCCCUCCCCCACCUUUGUUGCAUGGCUUUCAGCAGCCAACUCAACACACCUUGAACCCACAGCAUUUGGUUUCAAUGUCAUCUCAGCAGCUGCUGCCGCGACACCCAUCUCAGCCGUUAGGGCCUUCAGUACCCCAACAACAUCCAAUGCAAAUACCAAUGCCAUUGCCAUUGCAGCCACCUCAACCCCCAAUGAAUAUGACGCAAGUGCAAAUGCAAGGCCAUCAAACUGGAGCCCCUGCUUGGCAGCAGCAAGGUUCAUGGUGGACACAUCCCCCUACUUCACAUGCACAUGGCCUUCCUGUCCAGCCAAGUGGGUCAAUGCAACCAUGUCAUUAUGGUGACCAGCCCAACGAAGGGCAGUUUUACAGGACCCCACCGGGCUUUGGAGCCAUGCAACACAACAUGGAAAGGAGACGAGAUACAUCUAGGAAUAGUAGAGGGUUUUGAUUCCACUUGAUGUAAAUCCCAGCUUUUGAGCAUCACAAGAUGUGUAGUUCUGUAAUUUAGUAGAUAAUGUGCCUUGUAAUGUAUCUUUAGUUUUUAGGUUCUGAAAAGAAGAACCAAUACAAGGUCCUUUUCUUUGUU